CCAUGGAGCUCUUCUGCAUUUGAUCCACUCCCACCUUCUUUCCUCUUUCGCGCCAUUCAUCCGUUACUCUCCCUUUGCUCUCCAGCUUUAUUACUCCACUACUAGUCGAUCAAAACCCUAAUAACCUCUCUUAUCCAUAGCCAUGGCAGACGGUCACUUGUUCAACAACAUCUCUCUUGUCGGCCGCGGCGGCACCAAUCCAGGGCAACUUAGGGUUCAUUCACGGGGUCUGCUAUGGAAGAAACAAGGAGGCGGCAAGGCUGUGGAAGUGGACAAGGCUGAUAUUGUGCGAAUAACUUGGAUGAAGGUGCCACGAAGCAAUCAGCUUGGUGUGCAGAUUAAGGACGGUCUCAGAUAUAAAUUCACUGGUUUCCGUGAUCAGGAUGUGUCUAGCCUGACCAAUUUCUUCCAGAACUCUUGUGGCAUAGCGCCAGAAGAGAAGCAGCUUUCAGUUAGUGGAAAGAACUGGGGAGAACUCGAUAUAAAUGGUAAUAUGCUUUCUUUUAUUGUUGGUUCGAAGCAAGCGUUUGAAGUGUCUUUAGCUGAUGUCUCCCAGACACAGCUUCAAGGAAAGAAUGAUGUUAUCCUGGAGUUCCACGUGGAUGACACAACUGGUGCAAAUGAGAAAGAUUCUUUGAUGGAAAUGAGUUUCCACAUUCCCAAUUCUAACACUCAGUUUGUUGGGGAUGAAAAUUGUCCUCCUGCACAAGUUUUCCGACAGACGAUAACAAAUAUUGCGGAUGUUGGGGCUGGAGGUGAGGAAGCUGUUGUCACGUUUGAGACCAUCACAAUUCUUACUCCAAGGGGCCGAUACAAUGUUGAACUUCACCUUUCGUUUCUGCGGCUUCAAGGGCAAGCCACUGACUUCAAAAUUCAGUACAGCAGCAUAGUUCGUGUUUUUGUGUUGCCUAAGUCUAAUCAACCUCAUACCUUUGUUGUUGUUACUCUGGAUCCUCCUAUCCGAAAAGGUCAAACCUUGUAUCCACAUAUUGUGAUGCAGUUUGAAACCGAUUAUGUGGUGGAGAGCACUUUGAUGAUGAAUGAGGAAUUGUAUGCUACCAAAUACAAAGACAAGUUAGAACCAUCAUAUAAGGGUCUUAUUCAUGAAGUGUUCACGAUGAUCUUGCGGGGCUUGUCUGGUACAAAGCUCACCAGACCUGGGAAGUUCCGUAGUUGUCAGGAUGGUUAUGCGGUGAAGUCUUCAUUAAAAGCUGAAGAUGGUGUCCUUUAUCCUCUUGAGAAGAGCUUUUUCUUCUUACCAAAACCUCCUACACUUGUUCUUCAUGAUGAGAUUGACUAUGUGGAAUUUGAGAGGCAUGCUGCUGGAGGAUCAAACAUGCAUUACUUUGAUCUUCUUAUCAGACUCAAGACAGAGCAGGAGCAUCUUUUCCGAAACAUUCAGAGAAAUGAAUACCAUAACCUGUUUGAUUUUAUUAGUUCAAAGGGUCUAAAAAUCAUGAACCUGGGAGGUGGUGUCCAAACUACAGAUGGCGUUGCAGCUGUUCUGCGGGAUGAGGAGGAUGAUGCUGUUGACCCUCACCUCGAACGAAUAAAGAAUGAAGCUGGUGGAGAAGAGAGUGAUGAGGAGGAUGAGGAUUUUGUUGCCGACAAGGAGGAUGAUGGCUCACCUACCGAUGAUUCUGGGGGAGAUGACUCAGAUAGUGCGAGUGAUGGGGAAAAGGAGAGAAUUCCCAAAAAGGAAACCAAGAAGGAAGCUAUUGCAUCUAAAACAUCUUCUACUAAGAAGAGAGGCAAAGGUGGCGAUGAUGAUAGUUUAAAGAAAAAGAAACAGAAGAAGAAAAAGGAUCCAAAUGCACCAAAGAGAGCAAUGAGUGGCUUCAUGUUCUUCUCACAGCUAGAACGAGAGAAUGUGAAGAAGGACAUCCCGGGUAUUGCAUUUAAAGAAAUCGGGAGGGUUCUUGGAGAGCGAUGGAAUAAAUUGUCAGCGGAAGAGAAGGCGCCAUAUGAAGCAAGAGCUCAGGCAGACAAGAAGAGGUAUCAAAGUGAAAUCAGUGACUACAAGAACCCACAACCCGCCACCACCAAUUUGGUGGACGAAUCCGACAGUAAUUAGAACAUGUUCCAUGAGGGUAUGCUAUGGUAGUUUUAUACUUGAUUAGUGGUUAUAAAACCCAAAAUAAGUAUGUAGUAGGAGGUUAUUUUGGGUAUAAAUUUAUGUGGUCAAAAUUAUUUGUGUUUGUGCUAUGUUAGCAUAAUAUUCGUAUUUAUAAACUUAGAUAUUGUUAUGUUAAUUUCCCAAUGUAGCAAUUUUUACUCG